AUGGUUGUGUGCAGCGCCCUCUCCGACUACGACUACAAAGGCCGUGAUUAUGUCAAAGAAAAAGCGGAUCGUCUCGUUUUCGGGUUGUGGGGAAUCAAAGACCUCCCAAAAAUGCUCGAGGCUUACGAUAAUGAAGAAAUCACGGGUAAGGCUUUUAAGGAGCUGUUGCCAAAGCAUAAUUUGACCAGGGAGGACAUCUUCUUGGCUACAAAGAUUCACAAUAUUCAUCAGGGACCUUUGGCAGAGCCGUCACUUAUUGAAUCUAUGAAGCUCCUUCAAGUCGACUAUCUCGACCUCGUGCUCAUCCACUGGCCCGGAGUGUUCCCUGUCAACCAUUCCGAGCCCAAGCGCAAUCAAACGGGCCGAAAAGAGACGUGGCAAACACUAGAGAAAUUUUAUGGUGAGGGCAAACUGAAGGCCAUCGGUGUCUCAAACUACAUGACGCAUCAUUUGGAGGACUUGUUGAGCUACGCCAAGGUCUUCCCCGCCGUCGACCAGUGCGAAUUCCAUUUCCACUAUCAAGUCAACAGUCUCGUCAAGUUUUGCAAGGAGAAGGGGAUUAUUUUCCAGGCCUAUUUCUGCGCCCUCCAUCUAACCCCAGAAGCCGCAAAAUCACAAGUCGAGGACAAACUACCCACCGAUAUUGCCGCAAAAUAUAACAUUUCGUCAAAACUCCUCCAAUUUGCGUAUCCAUACAAUUUGGGAAUGAGUGUUAUGAUGCGCGCCACAUCACCAAAGCACAUCAUCGAGAACUUGAAGGCUAAGGAAAUUAAACUCGAGCAAGCGGAUAUCGACGCUUUGACGUUAAAGAAUACGACCGGGCACAAAAAUUGUGGAGACCCGAAAUUUGUGACGGAUAGUGAUACCGUUAAGAUUAUUGAGGCA